CACAUUUUUCUGGUUCUUCGUCGGCAGUGCAAUCCAGCAUUCGUGUACAAACAACGGUCAUAACAAAACCAUUAUGAAAGUUCUAAUACUUGGAGGCUGCGGGUUUAUAGGCAGGCAUUUUGCGCAUUUUCUGGUCUCUAAUGAUCUUGCUGAGGUGCGUGUAGCUGAUAAGGUUCCACCACAAAUUGCAUGGUUCAAUGACUUCCACAAGGAAGUUUUUACACAAGUGGAAUUUGUUUCCUGUAAUUUGAUCAAUGCAGGAUCAACAGCCAAAGCCUUUGAGACAGAUGAUGGCAGUGAGUUUGACGCCGUCAUCAACUUAGCAGCUGAAACCAAAUACGGACAGACAGAUGAGAUCUACAAGGAAGGCAUCCUGAACUUAAGUUUGAACUGUGCCAGGGAGGCUGCAAAGAGAAGCAUUAAGAUUUACAUUGAAGUAUCCACAGGACAGGUGUACAAUAGUGACAAGAAAGCCAGUAAUGAGGAUUCUAAAGCCUCGCCAUGGACGGGGAUCGCCAAGUACAAGCUGAUGGUGGAGGAGGAAUUACGUAGCAUUGAAGGGUUGAACUACAUGAUAGUAAGACCAGCAAUAGUAUAUGGAAUUGCAGACAAGAUAGGAUUGACUCCUCGGUUAAUAAUUGGUGCAGUUUACAAACAGUUGCAAGAAAAAAUGAAGCUGCUUUGGAGCAAAGAUUUGAAAAUGAAUACAGUCUAUGUGCACGAUGUCUGUCGGGGUCUAUGGCAUCUGGUUGAGAAAGGAGAGGUUGGUGAAGUGUACAACCUAGUAGAUAAAUCAGACACAACACAGGGAACAAUUACAGAUGUUGUUUGUCGUCUUUUUGGAAUUCAACACGAUUACUUUGGAACUUUGAUGUCAAACUUUGCAAGGGUGAACAUGACAGAAAUUGUUGAGGAAUCUAAUGAAAAACAUUUAGCACCAUGGUCUGAUGCUUGCAAAGAAAAUGGUAUUGAAAACACACCAUUAAGCCCAUACUUAGAUCAGGAGUUACUGUACAACAAGCACCUAUACUUGGAUGGGAGAAAAAUUGAGGCCACUGGAUUUCAGUAUGAACACCCCCACGUAUCAAUGGACUCGCUUAGAGCGGUUCUAAAAGACUACGUUGAAAUGGGAAUAUUCCCAAAAAACUUGGUACCAUGAUUACAGUGUUACAAUGGAUUUAUACUAUGCUCUUUAGGAAAUGCCUACAUUGGAAUACGAAAAUCACAUAGUUUGAAAAUAUUUUCUAACCUUUAACCUUUUUCCUGACCUUUAGUCUAUACAUUAAAGAACCUUCCACAGAAUAUUUUCUGUCUGUUAUAACAAUAAUUUGUAACUAAAUUUUCUAUAUAUGAUAACUGCAGUGUUCGAAAUAUGGCUUGUUCGCUUGUCCCAGCCAACCAAAAUGUCCCACAGACAACCAGAACUAUAGGGCAACUUGUCCGUGGGACAACCAAAAAAUUUUGGACCCAAACCGCACCUCAAGUAAUCGUUUUUUGCCUCCCGAACUUUACUGCCUUGUUGUCACUGGCGCAGCCAU